AUGUCGUCGGACAGGGCGCGGAGUCUGGGAAGUGCGGUGGCAGAGCGGGGGCUUGUGGACGAGGGACAGAUUCUCGUCAUCACGCGGCACUCUGAUGGGGAGGUGAAGCGGGGCCUUGGGAAUGUGAACGAGAGCUGGGCAAAGCGGCUCGUCAUCAUCAGUCCCACGGUGGAGGCAGGGGUGGACUUCAAUCGGUCAUGGUUCCACAAGAUGUUCAUUUACAUCUGCAAGAAGAGCACGCACCCGCGCGGGCUUGACCAGAUGAAGGGGCGGGUCCGGCAGCUGGUCGACCCCGUGGUCCUGUGCUUUGUCAGGAAGGGCAUCAAGCUGCCGACGACGGGGCCAGAGGGAAGCGGGUACAGGACUGUGAUGGGGAAGAAUGCGGGACGGGUCCCGAGGCUUGG